UGACCACAGCAAAGGGCCCUGACUGGAGUGUCUAGCGUGUGCUUCGUGCAGGCCAUAAAGUCACUUUCCAACUCUUUGAACCUUUUGUGUAAACCUAUAUAUUUUUCACUCUGUGGAUUUCAAGAUGAAUGUGCAGCCGUGUGCUAGAUGUGGCUAUGGGGUUUACCCUGCUGAGAAGAUUAACUGUAUAGAUCAGACAUGGCAUAAAGCCUGUUUUCACUGUGAAAUAUGCAAGAUGAUGUUAACAGUAAAUAACUUUAUUAGCCAUGAGAAAAAGCCCUACUGUCAAGCGCAUAAUCCAAAAAACAACACAUUUACAAGUGUAUUUGAAACCCCAAUAAACAUAAAUGCAAAAAAACAAUCAGAAAUGAUAAGUGAGAUAAAAUAUCGAGAGGAAGGUGAACGAUUCAAAUCAGUCUUUCAAUGGGAUGUGAGGUCCAGAGACAUCGAAGCUGCAUGUCAAGCCCAGCAGCUGGCCAACCAAAAUGCCUACUAUGCUGCCUAUGAGGAGGGAAAAUCAUUCCAUUUAGGAGCCAUCCCAGAUCCUCAGAUGGUCCGGAUGGCUCAGGCACAGAGGAAUUUAAAUGAUUUGCAAUAUACAGAAGAAUAUGAAGAACGCAGAGGCAAAGGCAGCUUUCCUGCAAUGAUCACUCCAGGUUAUCAGGUUGCUAAGAGAGCCACUCAACUAAGCAGUAAUGUAGAAUAUAAGCGGGGACAUGAAGAAAGAGUUUCGAAGUUUACCUCUGUUGUAGACACUCCAGAUAUCCUUCAUUCAAAGGCUGGAGGAAAGCUUUCAAGUGAUUUGAAAUACACAGAAGAUUUUGAGCAACGUCAAGGGAAAGGCAGCUUUCCUGCUAUGAUCACUCCAGCUUAUCAAAUAGCCAAGAGAGCCAACGAAUUAGCCAGUGAUGUGAAGUAUCAUCAAAGAUACGAGAAAGAGAUGAAGGGAAAAGCCAGCCAUACAGCUGGGACAGAUGCUACUUUCACAAGAGAAAAUGUAAAUCAGUAUUUCCAGGAUUAUAUGGAUGAGUUUGAAGAACGCAGAGGGAAGGGAAGCUUUCCUGCUAUGAUCACUCCAGCUUAUCAAAAUGCCAAGAAAGCAAAUGAAUUGGCAAGUGAUAUAAAAUACAAGAAAGAUCUUUCCAAGAUGAAAGGUGCUGCUCACUUUCAUUCCCUGACAGCCCAAGACAACUUAGUCCUUAAACAAGCUCAGAGUGUUAACAAGCUUGUCAGUGAGGUGGAAUAUAAGAAGGAUCUGGAAAACAACAGAGGUCACAGCAUUAACUACUGUGAGACUCCACAGUUCAAGAAUGUGAGCAAGAUCUCAAAAUACACCAGUGAUCUCAAAUACAAAGAAACCUACCAGAACCAGAUGAAAGGUCAUUAUGAAGGUGUUGGCAUGGAUAAGAGGAUGUUACACGCCAUAAAAGUUGGCAGUUUGGCAAGCAAUAUAGCCUAUAAAUCUGAUUACAAACAUGACGGUGUUGACUACAAUUACCCAGCAACUCUCACUCCUUCAUAUCAGACAACAAGGAAGUUGGUCCCUUUGAAAGAUGUAAACUACAGGCAAAGCAUAGAUAAACUGAAAUACAGCUCUGUUGCAAACAGUCCACAAAUUACUCAAGCCAAAAUAAAUGCACAGCAGCUCAGCAAUUUGAACUAUCGAGCCCAGUAUGAGAAGACAAAAACAAAUUACACUCUGCCUCAGGAUGUGCCUCAGUUAAUCAAGGCAAAAGCCAAUGCUGAAUUAUAUAGUGAGAUUAAGUACAAAGAAGGCUGGGAGAAGAGUAAGGGUCGGGGCUUUGAAAUGAAACUUGAUUCUCUGCCUUUACUUGCUGCCAAAGCUUCAAGGGAUCUUGCUAGUGAAGUUAAAUAUAAAGAAGAAUAUGAAAAAACAAAAGGAAAAGCAAUUGGAACCAAAGAUUCAAGACUUUUGCACUCUCUGCAGGUGGCCAAGAUGAGCAGUGAGAUUGCCUAUAAAAAAGAUUUUGAGGCGAGUAAGACCCAUUUCCAUCUGCCUAUGGAUAUGGUAAACCUGAAGCAUGCCAAGAAGGCCCAGGCACUUGCUAGUGACCUAGACUACAGAAAGAGACUCCAUGAGUACACAGUAGUUCCAGAAGAUAUGAAGACAAAAUGGGCAAAGAAGGCUUAUGGACUCCAGAGUGAUCUUCAAUAUAGGUCAGAUCUGAUGUGGAUGAAAGGAGUUGGGUGUAUCAGCGAAGGAAGUCUUAAUAUAGAACAAGCCAAAAAGGCAGGAGAUUUGAUCAGUGAGAAAAAGUACAGACAGAAAGCUGAUGCUCUGAAGUUCACCAGUGUGGCUGACAGUUCUCAGAUCAAACAUGCCAAGAAAAGCCAGGAACUGCAAAGCGAUGUUGCCUACAGGUCAGGAAAGGAGCAGUUCCUACAUCAGUAUACCAUCAGCAAAGAUGAUCCUGUUUUCCUACUGGCUAAAGCAAAUGCUGCAAAUAUUAGUGAGAAACUGUACAAAAGUAGCUGGGAGAAGCAGAAGGAAAAAGGAUUUGAGCUGCGUCUUGAUGCUUUGUCUUUCUUGACAGCUAAGGCAAAGAGGGAUCUGGCAAGUGAUAUAAAAUAUAAGGAAGGUUAUGAGAAGACAAAGGGUAAGCUGAUUGGAGUGAAAGCUGUGAAGGAAGAUUCACAGAUGGCUCAUUCCCUUCAAAUGUCAAAGUUGCAGAGUGAUUUGGAGUAUAAGAAGGCAUUCGAGGACACAAAGAAUCAGUUCCACGUCUCUAUGGAUAUGGUCAACCUUGUGCAUGCCAAAAAGGCUCAGAAUUUGGCCACUGAUAGAGGAUACAAGACAGCCCUCCAUCACUACACUGUUCUGCCUACUGACAUGAAAGUGGCAUGGGCCAAGUGGGCCUAUGGAUUGCAAAGUGAUAACCGAUACAGAGCAGAUUGGAACUGGAUGAAAGGAGCUGGAUGGAUAGCCACUGGGUCAUUAAAUGUGGAACAGGCUAAGAAGGCAGGAGAACUCAUUAGUGAGAAGAAGUACCGUCAGCAUCCAUAUGCUUUGAAGUUUACCAGUAUUAAAGACACUCCUGAGAUGAUCCAGGCUAGAAUUAGUUAUAACCAGGCUGUGGAUAGGCUGUACAAGGAGCAUGGAGAGAGUGUAAAGCAUCAGUAUACACCAACUGCAGAUCUCCCUGAAAUCCUUCAGGCCAAAUUAAAUGCUAUGAAUAUCAGUGAGAUUCGCUAUAAGGAAUCCUGGGGAAAGAUGAAAGAUGGUGGCUAUCAACUGAAACUUGAUGCGAUUCCCUUCCAGGCAGCAAAGGCUUCGGGUGAAAUCAUAAGUGAUCACAAGUAUAAGGAAGCAUUUGAGAAAAUGAAAGGACAGAUGGUUGGCUCCCGUGGCCUGGAUGGCGAUAUGCAUAUUGCUCACUCAGUUCAUGCAGCAUUGGUACAGAGUGAUGUGAAAUAUAAGCAAGAUUUUGAGCAUACCAAGACUCACUUCCAUCUGCCACUGGACAUGAUAAAUUUGGUACAUGCCAGGAAAGCCCAGUCUUUGGUCAGUGAGCAGGAAUACAGGCAGCUGCUGCCCCAGUACACUUCUCUGACUGAUGAUGUGAGGUUGCGGUGUGCCAAGAACGCGCACAAACUACAGAGCGAGAAUUUAUACCGUUCUGACAUGAACUUUAUGCGAGGAGUUGGAUGUAUUACUCCAGGGGCCCUAGAGAUUGAAGAAAAGAAGAAAGCUUCUGAACUCAUCAGCGAGAGUAAAUAUCGUCAGCAUCCACAUUCCUUCAAGUACACAUCGGUGACAGACUCUCCUGGCCUCCUUCAUGCAAAAUUCAGCAAUAUGAUUGCUAAUGAGCGCCUUUAUAAAGCAGCAGGAGAGGACAGUCAACAUCACUAUACACCAACACUGGGUUUGCCUGAGUUUACACGGGCAAAAAUAAAUGCAGCCAACCUCAGUGAUGCGAAAUACAGAGAAUCUUGGCAUAAUCUACGUGCUCAAGGCUACAAGCUGACAACGGAAGCGCUGCCUUUCCAGGCUGCCAAGGCCUCCAGAGAAAUUGCUAGUGAUUACCAAUAUAAACACAACUUUGUGAUGGAGAGAGGAAAGCACGUUGGUGCCAGGAGUGUUCUGGAUGAUACCAGGUUGCUGCAUUGCUUGCAUGCUGCGAAACUGCAGAGUGAACAGGAGUAUAAGAAAGGUUCCCAAGGAGUGUGGUCUAAGUACUGUCUGCCCAUGGACAUGGUGAAUCUUGUCCAUGCUAAGAAAGCCCAGGCCUUGGCAAGUGAUCAGGAUUACCGAAAGAGGCUCCAUGAGUUCACAGCAAUCCCAGAAGACAUGAAGAUGAAAUGGGCCAAAAGAGCCCAUAUGCUGCAGAGUGAGGUAAAGGCUUUCUGUCUGUUACCCCGACAUCCCUUGCAGACAAAGUACCGUCAGAAGCCAGAAAGCUUGAAGUUCACUGCUGUGGUUGACUCUCCAGAUUUGAUUCAUGCUAAGAAUAGCUACCUCCAGUGCAGUGAUAGGCUGUACAAGGCUGGAGACUCCGAAGCCAGGCACCGGUACACCCUGCCUCCCGAUCACCCAGACUUCAUCCGAGCCCGCCAGAAUGCUCUUCAAAUCAGCGAUAAAGUGUACAGAACAUCUUGGGAACAGACAAGGGCAUCUGGCUAUGAUUUUAGGAUUGACGCCAUCCCAUUCCAGACAGCAAAGGCUUCAAGAGAGAUUGCUAGUGAUUACAAAUACAGAGAGACUUUCCUGAGAGAUAAAGGUCAGCAGAUUGGAUUUCGCAGUGCAAAUGAUGAUCCCAAAAUCAGACAUGUCCUCAAAGUGGGAAAGCUCCAGAGUGAAAACCAGUACCGGAGUGGGUAUGCCCAGAACAGAGUGCAGUUCAAGAGUCACCUUAACCAGCCGGGGUUCCUCCAUGCUAAGAGAAGCCAGCAGCUUGCCAGCAAUGUUAACUACAGGCAGCCUCUGCACCAAUACACUUGUGAUCCUGAGCAGCUGAAUGUGAAGCAUGCGAAGCAGGCCUACAAGCUGCAGAGUGAUGUCAAAUACAGGUCUGACCUGAACUGGAUCAAAGGCAUUGGCUGGACACCACCAGGUUCUUACAAGGUUGAAAUGGCAAGAAGAGCUGCUGAGCUGGCAUAUGCUCAGGGAAUGGAAAUGCAAGGUGCUUCUGCUCAGUAUGAACCUGGAGUUAACCAGUCGGAGACAGAUGGAUGUCAGCAAGUUACAGUGAACCCUGAUGCUUCAGAAAUUCUGCAAGUGAAGAGAAGGAAAAUGCAGCUGUAUAAGAAAUAA